ACCGGCGAGUCGCUGUCCUUACCUUCAGCAGGAACCCGCGGCUCCGUGUCUGCGCCCGCCGGCCCUCCGCUCCGUCCUGCAGCUACCCACUGCCCUCUCGCCGCCCACCAUGGCCCUGCUGCACUCGGGUCGCGUCCUGUCUGGGGUCGCCUCCGCCUUCCACCCAGGCCUCGCCGCCGUGGCUUCUGCCAGAGCCAGCUCUUGGUGGACCCAUGUAGAGAUGGGGCCCCCAGAUCCCAUCCUGGGAGUCACGGAAGCCUUUAAGAGAGACACCAAUAGCAAAAAGAUGAAUCUGGGAGUUGGUGCUUACCGGGAUGAUAAUGGAAAGCCUUAUGUACUCCCUAGCGUCCGGAAGGCAGAAGCUCAGAUUGCAUCAAAAAAUUUGGACAAAGAGUACCUGCCCAUUGCGGGCCUGGCUGACUUUUGUAAGGCCUCCGCAGAGCUCGCCCUGGGAGAGAACAACGAAGUGUUGAAAAGUGGCCGGUAUGUCACCGUGCAGACCAUUUCUGGAACUGGGGCCUUGAGGAUCGGAGCAAGUUUUCUGCAAAGGUUUUUUAAGUUCAGCCGAGAUGUCUAUCUGCCCAAACCAUCCUGGGGAAAUCACACGCCCAUCUUCAGGGAUGCCGGUAUGCAGCUCCAUGGUUAUCGAUACUAUGAGCCCAAGACCUGCGGCUUUGACUUCACAGGUGCUCUGGAGGACAUUUCAAAAAUGCCACAGCAAAGUGUUCUUCUCUUGCACGCUUGUGCCCACAAUCCCACGGGAGUCGACCCUCGUCCUGAGCAGUGGAAGGAAAUCGCAGCAGUGGUGAAGAAAAACAAUCUCUUUGCUUUCUUUGACAUGGCCUACCAAGGCUUUGCCAGUGGUGAUGGCAACAAGGAUGCUUGGGCUGUGCGCCACUUCAUCGAACAGGGCAUUAAUGUUUGUCUCUGCCAGUCCUAUGCCAAGAACAUGGGCUUAUAUGGUGAACGUGUGGGUGCCUUCACAGUGGUCUGCAAAGAUGCUGAUGAAGCCAAAAGGGUGGAGUCACAGCUGAAGAUCUUGAUCCGCCCCAUGUACUCAAACCCCCCUCUCAAUGGGGCCCGCAUUGCCUCCACCAUCCUGACCAGCCCUGACCUGCGCAAACAGUGGCUGCAAGAAGUGAAAGGUAUGGCUGAUCGCAUCAUUAGCAUGCGGACUCAGCUGGUGUCCAACCUCAAGAAGGAGGGCUCCUCCCACAACUGGCAGCACAUCACUGACCAGAUCGGCAUGUUUUGUUUCACAGGGCUAAAGCCUGAACAGGUGGAGCGGCUGACCAAGGAGUUCUCCAUCUACAUGACGAAGGAUGGCCGCAUCUCUGUGGCAGGGGUCACCUCUGGUAAUGUGGGCUACCUCGCCCAUGCCAUUCACCAGGUCACCAAGUAAUUUCCUGGUUAGAGGGAACAGAGACAACCUUCCUGUCUGAGAUUCACACUGAGAAGGGGGGUGGAUGGCGAUGAGCAGCUCAUUUCCACAAGCAACCACAGUGCUUAACACUCAGCGAUUGAACGUGUUUCUCGGAAAAGAACAUGUAGUGAAUAGGGCAGAGGCCUCUGUGACUGGUUUCUGGAACUUUGUGACUCUAAACCAAACUCCCUCAUCCUUUUAUCUUCAGCUUUUCUGAAAGUUUACAUGUACAAAAAAGUAAUAGCCCCCAAAUGACCCUUUUGAUCAUGCCAUUGCAAUAUUCUCAGAAGCUUUAACUGCAGCACUUCGAGGUGCUGGGGGUUCCUCUGUGGAUCCAUGAGAAAUAGCUCCUGGUAGAGGCUUCGGGAAGAAGACCUAGUUAGACCUGACUAACAAAUCAUGUUUUAUGAAAACCAGUGCGUUGGCCACCACUGCAGCAUGGAAAAAUAAGAGAUGCUGCUUCCCAUCUUACCUAAAUAAAAAUGAAAGAAGGCUCUUCUUUUCAACAUCCAUGGGCAUUUCAGUGUCCCCCUCCUCCCUUGCCACUGCUUCUCUUUCUCUUAGGCACAAAGCUCUGUAAUUAGCCUCGCCUAGAUUUUCACCCUAUUCCACUGCUUGAUUGACCAACAAACCCAUCCUAUAGGGUUUACUUGUUUGAAGAAUGAAGAGCAUAAUUUACUGCUCAUCCCACACCUUUCACCCUUCUCAUCAAAAAAUAGCAACGAGUGGGUAACGGCACUGUAUUUCGGCAUCCUCCUCAGUGACUGUUUAAUGAGCUCAUCGGGCUGUUGCCUCUGCCCAGCCGGACUUCACACCUUGGCUCAGUGCUGUCGCACAUGCACCUGUCCUCACCCUGAGGUGGGCGGCACAGGGGAGGACGGGGAAAGAGGGGACUCCGGCUGUCGUUCUCACCUGUGUGUGCUGCCAGCUGGGCUCAGGCGCCACCCUUUAAAGAUACCCACCACCUGCUCUAAUCAUGUAGACUUCUUGAAGCCUGGUUUCUCUGUUACAAUAAAGUUACUGUAGACCCAGCCACCA